GGACCCUUUUGCACUUUCUUUGCCUUUUGAGUUGUUAGUGGUGUUAUUGAUGCAGUGUUUGUCUGUGGUAGGUGUUUUUUGGAUAGUUGAUGGUGUUUGUGAAUUGAGUGUAACUGGUGAUGAUGAUCAAGGGAAGCUAAUAGAUAACACAGUCAUGAAAGUUUUGCUCUUUAAUUUUGGUAUUAUUAAGCAUCUUUUUGUAAUUUAUAGAAAAAAAAAGAUGGUGUUUAAUUUGGGGUUCUCUAUAUUAUGUGUGUCGUGAUUGACUUUUGAUUUUUCUUGUGAUCACACCGUUCUUUUGCUUUCACGAUGAUGCUGAUGAUGGUCACAAGGACCGGGGUGUUUGAUUAUUGGGAUGUGUCAAUCACUGUGGUUAUUGCUUGUUGGUGUUCUAACUUGAUGUGGGCUAUUCUAAGAUAUCAAGAUAUUGAUAGCAAUAUUACUUUUAUGUGAUUUUUCACCUUUGAACAUGACUUUGAUCUUGCAUAAACCUCGAAAUAGUCCUCGAAAUCGUAAUGAUAGCAGAGAUAAUAAAUAUGGUUUUCUGAGUGAAUAAGGAUGCAUGGCUGUGCACUGUGUGCUAUGAAUAAUUUCUGUUUAUUUUAUUUGAAUUAGUUGAAAGCGAUUCUGAAAAAUCAAGCUCUUGAAGCAGUUGUAAAGUCUGAGAAUCUGAAACAUAUCUUGAUGGCUUUGUCAAUUCUUUUCUCUUUAGCUGUUGGAAUUUGCUAGCUCAUCCACAUUUCGUGGGGCAAUCACCUACUGUUUGCUGUUCCCUUGUGCGUCAUUCGAUUGAUGGAAGGACAUUGGGGGUGAUGCUCUCCAUCUGAGGUUUGAGAGACAGAAAAAUUUGAUGGCUACCUAUUACCCAACUUCAAGCAGGCAGAACAACAAUUUGCAAACUUUGCUUACAGGGGACCAGAAACUUGCUUCUUAUUCUGAUCUGCCUUCCGAUCUUAGUAGCAUGAAAAGUUAUACGAACCACACUCCAGCUGCUGGGUCAUACUCGGACAUAUUGUAUGGGGGUUCCUUGUCUUCUCAAAAUGGUGCUGAAUUCUCAUCCAGUGGAGCUAGAAAUGAGAUAGUAUUCAUUCCACCUAUAAGUACCACGAUGAAUUUACAAUCUGUUGGUGGGCAGUUGAAUACAGCAGCAGGUAACCUGGUUGGUGACUCUGUUAGUGGAGAUUCCCAGGCUGUUCCACCAAGGAUGCACCUUGGCAUUCCAGACUGUGAGCAGAAUUUCCAGUCUCAAGGAUUACCACUGAGGCUUGGCAUGCAGGUGCAAUCUGCAGUUUCUAUGCCUUCACUUCAGUAUCAGUAUCUAAACCAAAAUUUCCCUUCAUCUCUGAGUUCACAUCUGCUUGUGCCAGAGAAGUGGACUUUACCCUGCGAAGGUGAUGAAAGCAAUCAAAGCAAGGAGUUGAGAGAAUUUGAAGGAUUGCCUGGAUUUGCCGGAAGCAGCCAUAACUCUAUCAAAACAGAGUCUUCACACGAUCCUCAGUACAUAGUUGGCCUCAGAGAUAUGCAUGCUGAAAUGAAUAUGUAUGGAUUAUCUGGUUAUGCUAACACGCUCUUGAACUCCAGAUACCUCAAGUCAGUGCAACACUUGCUCGAUGAGGUGGUUAAUGUAAAAAAGGCUUUGAAGCAGCCUCAAUCCAACAAAUGUUUCGAUGACUCCAAGGAGAGUGAUAGGAGGCCGAGUAGCUGUUCUAUGCUUCCCUCAUCAAAUGAGAAGCCACCGGAUCCUACUGAGUCUACUGCCGACUCCACUCCUGAGCUAUCGCCUGUAGAACGGCAGGACUUACAGGACAAAAAGUCUAAGCUUCUGUCCAUGCUGGAAGAGGUAGACAGAAAAUACAAACAGUAUUACCAUCAAAUGCAAAUUGUGGUGUUAUAUUUUGACACGGUGGCUGGUCAUGGGGCAGCUAAAUCAUAUACAGCACUCGCCCUCCAAACAAUUUCUCGUCACUUUCGCUGUUUGCGCGAUGCAAUCAGUGGCCAAAUAGAAGUUAUCAUGAAAAGGCUUGGGGAGCAAGGUACUUCACCAAAUGGUCAAGGAGGUAUACCACGUCUCCGUUAUGUAGAUCAUCAGACCAGACAACAGAGGGCUCUCCAGCAGCUUGGUGUGAUGCGACAUGCUUGGAGGCCUCAAAGGGGGCUCCCUGAGAGUUCUGUUUCAGUCCUUCGAGCUUGGCUCUUUGAGCAUUUCCUUCAUCCCUACCCGAGUGAUUCAGAGAAAAUCAUGUUAGCAAGGCAGGCAGGCUUGACCAGAAGCCAGGUCGCGAACUGGUUUAUAAAUGCGCGGGUGCGUCUUUGGAAGCCCAUGGUCGAGGACAUGUACAAAGAAGAAUUUGGUGAUUCAGAGACAAACUCCAAAUCUUCUUUGGACGAAACAACCAAAGCCCAUGGAGAUAAAUCAGGCAAUCACUUGACAUCUGAGAAUAGGCUACGUGAGUUGUAUGAGAGUGUGACAUCUACAGCUGCUGAUAUUUCCCAGCCAGGGCAAGCCCAUGACAUAAAAUCUAGUCAUAUUCUUGAAUUAGAAAUGAAAGAACCUAUGGCGAAAACAGUCCUUGAGAAUGGUUCUCAGGGACCCAAUGUGGCAGAAUCUGAUAUUAUGAAAUUUCCACGGGACCGAAGGUUGAAUAUAGAUGAUGACCAUAACUUCUGUCCACAUGGGAAUAUUCCGUGUGGCCAAAAUGGUGAUGGAAAUCUUAUGUCUGCUGCUGCUACAUAUGAUGUAUCACACUUGAAUGGAUAUGCAGUAGGCAGCCAGAUGUCUCUUGCAUUGGGAUUGCAAAGUAACGACAGUGAUUCAUUUCCCACGUUUGAUGGGGCCCAUAUGAGAGGUAACACUAUAUCAGCUUCCUCGGUGGGGCAUAAUGAGGUGGAUUAUCACUGUAUGGAUACAGGAAAGCAACAAGACAGGAUUGCCAAAUCCCAUCGGUUACAUGAUUUUGUGGUUUAAGAGAAUCCUUCUAGCUUUACGAGGGAGUUUCAUCAAUCCUGCCAAGAGAAGGAUUGAUGGAGUUUUGGAUAACAUAAAGCAGAAGAAAACAAGCUCAGUGAUAUUGGUUUGCUAUUCAUUCAAGCCCCGUGCUCCUUCUCUUGGUUUGAAUGGAAGAAAAUCAACACCCUUACAGUCACAGACAUAGAUGUAACAUAAGGGCAUGGUGCCUGCUUGUAAUAUACGUACAGAUUACAGGGAUUGUAGACAUAUCUGUGCAUAUACAAUAAGAUUUUUGUGAUCUUUUGUACUCUUAAGGAAUUUCUACAAGCUCUCCCUAAUUGUGACACUGAUGUAUCAUUUCAUUCCUAAUUCUGAAAUAAAUGUGAUUUGUGAAUUA